AUGCUAACUUCAGGUGUUCGAUCAGUAAGAUUCUCAGGGCCUGAACCAACUCAUUCGGAAGAAGAAGAGAAGGACUCAAAACCUUCUGAUGUCCCAGAGGAGUACGAAGAAGCACUAAAUCUCCCCUCAACAAUACCGUACCCGCCGUCUUCACCACCGGCAUACACUCCACCCGCAGAGCCCAAAUCCGACGACCACAAGGGUGCCGCAAAGGGAUCUCUCAACGAACUGAUUAUGUCCAAAGUGACAUUACCGUUUCAACAGAUGAUACGAAGAAGUAGCCAUAUUGAAGACAACAGCGAUAGCGACAGUCAGGAUUAUUCCGACUCUGAUGGAAAUAACAUCAAUGACUUCAAUGAUGAGGAACUCCAGUUGUUGUCUUUUGUUAAUGCUUACCAGCCAGAGGAGAUUCGCCCUCGUCUCCUACUUAAGCCUUUCGUCAUGGAUUACUUGCCAGCCAUUGGUGACAUCGACGCUAUGAUCAAAAUCCCUCGUCCCGAUGAAGUGGAGGACAACAUAGGGCUCAUCCAACUCGAUGAACCGGCCAUUCAGCAAAGCGAUCCGACUAUACUUGCAAUGCAACUGCGACGUGCUAACAGAGACGUAACAACACAGGAGGAUGCACCUGUUAAGCGGCUUGAACGUGCUGACAAAUCCUCUCACGAAAUCGACAAGUGGAUUUCCAAUAUUAAGGAACUGCAUAGAACUCGACCAUCUCAGUCUACAGUACAGUUUCGCAGUCCUAUGCCCGACAUCGAAAGCCUCAUGCAGGAAUUUCACACACAUUUCGAACAGUGCCUAGACGGAGUAAGGUUACCCACAGCCGAGUUGGAUGUUGAUCUCGAGGAAUAUACGGACAUUUGCCUUGGUCUACUUGACAUACCGGUCUCCAAAAGUCGUAUUCAGUCGCUGCACUGCUUCUUCUCAUUGUACAGAGAGUUCAAGAGUUCACAACACUUUAAGAACCUGGCUACCGAGAAAAGAGAUAAUAUCGAUAGAAUGGAACUGUAA